AUGGCGUUUAUUAAAGAGGAGAGUGAAGAUGUGAAGAUUGAAGAAACAUUUACAGUCAAACAGGAAGAUCUGCAGGAACAAACAGACCUGAUGGUGCUGAAAGAAGAGACUCAUCAACUGAAUGUAAUGGAAGAGAAACAGCAGUUUGAGAAACACCAAGUAAUAACGACUGAUGAAAAACCCACACUGACUAAAAAGACUUCAUCACGUGGAAGACCUCGGAAAUCCAAGUCUAUGUGUAAUUACAGCUGUACACGGUGUAGAAAGAGUUUCAGUAAAAAGUCAAACCUUGAUAUUCACAUGAGAGUUCACACUAAAGAGAAACCUUACACCUGCAAACAGUGUGGAAAGAGUUUUGGUUAUAUACAAGGCUUUGAAAACCACAUGAGCAUUCACACUGGAGAGAGGCCGUACACAUGCCAACAGUGUGGAAAAAGCUUCUAUCAUGCAGGAAAUUUUGCAGCGCACAUGAGAACUCACACUGGGGAGAGGAAGUAUACAUGCCAACAUUGUGGAAAAAGCUUCUCUAAAACAGGAAACUUGGCAGUGCACAUGAGAAUUCACACUGGGGAGAAGCCUUACUCUUGCUCUCAGUGUGGAAAGAGUUUUAAGCAAAAUGUCACCCUUAAAAUCCACAUGAGAACUCACAAUGAAGAAAGAAUUUUUACCUGCACACAGUGUGGGAAAAGUAUUUCUCACAAGCACUACCUUGACAUCCACAUGAGGAUUCACACUGGAGAGAAACCUUACACAUGCACAGAGUGUGGUAAAAGUUUCCCAUAUAAAGGCUCACUCAAACAUCACAUGUUAAGUCACACCGGAGAGAAGCCGUUUACAUGUGCUCAGUGUGGAAAGAGCUUCACAACCAAAACUAGCCUCAUGAACCACAUGGAUGGUCACACUGGAAUCAUAGUGUUCACAUGUGAUCAGUGUGGAAAGACCUUCACACGCAAAGACUCUAUGAAGCAACACAUGAAGACUCACUCAGGAGAGGAUAGUUUUAGAUGCAGUGAGUGUGGAAAGGGCUUUAAAUGUAAAAGAAGUCUCAGCACUCACCUGAAGCUUCACAAUGGAGAGCGAAAAUGAGGCCUUGUCCAGCGGAGCUUGGGGCUCUCUCCCAGGACAGCAUGUCAAACAAGUGUGAACUCUUGAAAACAUAUCAAGUUACUGAUAAUGAAACCCUUGGAACGCCUGAAGAUUUAAACUGAAUAACUGAAGAGGGGUGAGGAUGUGCCAGGUUGUGAGAGUUUCUACCAGGCUGCAUAAAAAGCUAAACACCUUUAUAUGUGUUUCAAGUUAUUAUGAACUGAUUAUUUUAUUUUGUGCAAAUUGCACACUUCAAACUAAUUUUCGACUCUGAAUAUAGAAUUAGAAAGAUUAGGGAGGAGAAAGUGUUUAGAGAGUUGCAGGGAACACUGUCCUACACUCUUAAGCCUGGUUUAUACUUGAUGCGUCCGCUUGUUUGCUUGAGUGCAUGCAGCAAAUGUGAUGUCAUCGCGGAGUUUGCGUAGGUUUGCUUUGGGUGCGUGCGGCAUAAUUUCGGCCGGCGGAGUGUAUGUUUUUUUUUUGAGACUCAAGCAAACAGUGCGUGCGGCGAAAGAUUUUGAUUUGAGUUGAAUAUGAAUCACUUUGAAGAGCAUCUGAAGACAUCAUUAUGGGCGAACAGUACGCAAUGGUGCCAUAUUUGAGACUUUGCCUGAAAAGUACACCUGCACAUACAUCCUUAUGAUCCAUGAUCAUAGAGAUCACCAAAUGACCAAUAAUUCUUGGCUAGAAAUUGCAACAGCCGUGGGAAAGAGGACAGUUUUUGUUAAAAAGUUUGGAAAAAC